AUCCAAGGAAACAACUGUGCAUCCGGGUAUCUCAUUUUCUAAAUUAUUCAUUUUCGUAAUAUCUGAAUGUAUUUUAAUAUUGAACGUUUGUUCAUUGAACAAAUAUUAGGCGCAGUCACGAAACUUUCUAGUUUGUAGAAUACAGUUCUUUUAGUUGGAACUCAACGUAUCUAAGAUUCGCCAUGAAUUACGUCCCUCUGAUUCUCGCUUCUCUUAUGGUUUGUUCCCUGCAUAGUGCGUUGGGAAUCAUGUGCAAAAAGUGCACCCCGGAUGUACAAACAGUUAAGACAUGUACCCAAGCCGAGCAACUGGUGGAAGUAGAUUGCGACAAUGAAACUUUUCCCUUUAAUGUGACCGAAGGUACAAAAUACGACUCAUGUGCUACAACCACCAUCGGGGCAACUAUAGGUGGCCAAUUGACAACGAGUUUUGUAAUGAGCUGUGCUGUAAAGGUAAAUUCCUCCAACCCUUCAGUGGUGAACUGCUCCCUAAUUCAGGAUUAUGUCUGUGGAGACGCGAGGAGAAGAGCGGGUGAGAGCGGUGGCCUUUACUCUAUCGACACGUGUAGCUCAGUCUGCUGUACAGAGAAAUCGUGCAAUGUUCAUCCUACCUCUGCACCUCCUGAUAAUAAAGCUGAUGGAAAUACGUCGACUGCCGCAAGCACCACUGUCAACGGCAACGGAGUGAGCGAGGUGCAGCCACCUUGUUUCGGGUUGCUUUUGGUAAUGCUUGCCAUAAGCGUUGCAAUGAAGAAAGUCGAUGAAUAGUUCUAGUCUUUUUAGCAAGCUCGUUAAUUGCUGUAAGGUAAAUCAUUUUAAAUGUCAA